AUGCGAUACUUGAUUUUCUCAUUGUUAUAUUUAAUCUCCACAUCAAACACAAUCACCCAUCGGGGGGGAUCAUGUGGAAGAGACGCGGUUCCAUAUCGACUUGCUAUUGAUAUCGAUGGGACACCAGUGCUUUCUUGUGAUAGUCCUUCAUGUAUUGGCAAGGGAACAAGGAGAAAUUUGAGAGCGGAAUGCGAUCAAGAUUUCACGGAAACGGUUUGCGUUGGGGAUGACGAGUGGACGGCCGGAUUGAUCGAGACGACAAAUGGGACACAUGUCACAUUAAGAACCCUGUGCUGUUCGUUUGCCGGUUUGGCGCGAGCGAAAGAGCUUCAAACGAUUCUCCUCUACGCAAAUGACACUUUUGAGGGUGGAUUAGUUGAGCAUCACGGUCGACCAAGCGGCUUCGAUUUGGUGAAAGAAGUCCGUAAAUCGGUGGACAAUGAUGGCAGCAUUCAGUACAUUGUUUCUGUGUUUCGAAUGCCCUGCUUGGAUUCGAGGUCAAAUAAACAAGGCGGCCAUUUUUACCGAAGUCGUGAGAUCGUUGAUGAUUUCAAUCAAAAUAAAGAAACAAUUCUCAAAAAGAAACCCUCCUUGUUCCCCGAAGAUGGAGUGAUUCCCGAAUUCGAGCACAAACAUCCAUCACCUCGCCAAGUUCAACCAGUGCCCUCAGGAAACUAUCAGGAACAACCCUCAAUCACUGGACCUGAGCCUCUUGAAAACCCCUCAGCACAGGUGAGCGGACCAGAGCCACCACCAGCAAUCCCAGCCUCAAUGCAAGGGCCAAGUGCUGAUUAUGCUGCUGUUGCACCACAAGCAGCUCCUACAGGCCCAAGCGAUGGCCCAAUCCCACCAGCUCCCCUCCAACCAAAUGCCGCUGGAUUGUCAUCUUAUGCUGCCCCAAAUACCUACUCACAAGCGCAAGCCCUACCAGCCUUCAACUACCCAAGUGCUUACGCUCAGCCUCAGCCAAAUGCCUACGUUCAGCCACCAAUUCAACCGCCACCUCCACCUCCAGCCUAUCCAGCUCCAGUUUACACGGGAGGCGCUCAACCGGUCUAUUACUCAUCGGGCAUGAAAUGUUUUAGCGGAACGAUGACUGUUCAAACACCCGAUGGAGAGAAAUUCAUUAAAGAUUUACAAAUCGGAGAUCAAGUGCUGAGCAUUGAUGAGAAUCUGAUUCAAUACUCGCCAGUGAUCAUGUUCUUGCAUAAACGGGACGAUGUUGAGACGGAGUUUUAUCGAGUGCAAUUGAAGAGUGGUCAAUCGAUCGAGUUGACUGAAGAUCAUUUAAUCUACACAACUGAUUGCCAUUACGCGUCACCACACAAUCUCGUUCACGCAAAACACUUGACGGUUGGUCAAUGUCUUGGUGUAAAGAUUGUUUCGAUUGAAAUGGUGGUGAGCGAGGGAAUCUACGCUCCAUUGACGUCAACCGGGGACAUUUUUGUGAACAACGUGCUUGCCUCGUGUCACACAAAUUAUGUGGUGAAAUCACUGCAACAGACUUUCUUCUCGGUUUAUCGCUCGAUGAAAGCCGAAUACGAUCGCUUCUUUGGCACAAUUCGUUCAACACAAUACGAUAUGCCAUUCGGUGCCGAGUACUUGACUUCAGUGAUCGAUCUUUUCGUGCCGAAAAGUCUUUUC